AACCCACAAAAAGAAAAUGAAAAAAUCGCUUCUCUCUGUCUCUGUUAAACUAAAACCCUAAUCAAAAACCCCAAAACCACAGCGACGCAGUAGUGAGUAGUGAAACAGCGAUGGGGAGGAAGAAGAGCGAGAAGAUAAUUCUGCCACCGGAGCUUCCGCCGGAGAUACCUGACGACGAAGUCGAAGUCUCUGACGAGGACUUACAGUUCGUCCAACACAAUCGCCAAUACGCUCUCGGAUUUUCCCGCCUCGACACCCAAUCUAUCACCAAGCAUGUUACUCGUGUAGCUGAUGCGAAAGAAGAUGCUUUGGAGGCUUUGUAUGAGAAGCGCUUAAAGAAGAAGGCAUUGCAGAAAGAAAAAGAGGAGAGCGGAGUUCAGAUUGAUCCUGUGGAUGCCCUUCCUGUUAAGACCUUAGAUGGAAAACUCUACUAUCGAACACUUACGAAGACAUCUACAUUAUCUGAACUUGGUGACGAGGAAGCUGGUAGCACAGAUAAAGGCAUAGUGAGGCUGACAAAACCGGAAAGGAGGGCAAAGCUUAAAAAGCAGAGGAAAGAGGCAAAGAAACUAGGGAAGGAGUUGGAGAAAGUAGAAGAAGUGCAACAGACCCCUCAAGCAGCGGUGCUGGCUGAGGUGAAAGAAGAUCUCACAGCUGAAGAAGCAUUUGAAAGUAAGAAGCAAAAACUUGCAGAGCUGGGAAUGGCACUCCUUGCAAAUCCAGAGCCAAAUAUUAAAUCAUUAAAGGAGAUGUUACAAAUUUCUAAAGAUAAUGAUCAUGCUAUUGCCAAACUUGGAGUACUAUCCAUGUUGGCUGUUUUUAAAGACAUCAUCCCGGGCUAUCGGAUCAGGCUUCCUACUGAAAAGGAGCUGGAAAUGAAGGUUUCUAAGGAUGUUAAGAAGAUGCGGUUCUAUGAAUCAACUCUUCUAUCUGCAUACAAGGCAUACCUGCAGUGGUUGAUAAUGUUAGAAAAGAAGCCUUCAUUUCAGCAUGUUGCUGUUCGCUGUAUCUGUACUUUGCUUGAUGCAGUUCCACACUUUAACUUCCAGGAGAGCUUGCUAGGUGUUAUUGUCAGAAAUAUAGGUUCCUCAGAUGAUGUGAUAAGGAAACUCUGCUGUGCUACAGCUAAGUCACUUUUUACCAACGAGGGAAAACAUGGUGGUGAAGCUACUGUGCUGACUGUUCGAAUGAUUGCAGAUCAUGUGAAAGCUCAUAAUUGCCAGUUGCACCCUGAUUCCAUUGAGGUUUUCUUGUCUCUGUCAUUUGAUGAGGAUCUCCGGAGGCAAGAAAAAGCAGCAAAGGAGGACAAUAGAGUCAAAAACAAGAAAAAUAAAAAAAGAAAGAAUCUUGAGGAGCCAAGCCAAAUGCCAGGCAGUGAUAAAAAGAAAAGUAGGAAAGAGUUGAUGACAAAGAUGAGAGAGGAGGUUGCUGCCGAUUAUAAGGCUGCUUCUUUUACCCCUGAUGUUACAGAGCGGAGGGUGAUGCAAACACAGACGCUUUCUGCUGUAUUUGAGACAUAUUUCCGUAUUUUGAAGCAUACCAUGCAAUCAACAUCUGCGAGCCAGGAAGAGAUUGCUAAUUCAGAUUCUGGUGCAUCUGGGUCCCACCCACUGCUCUCUCCAUGUCUGAAAGGAUUAGGAAAAUUCUCGCAUCUAAUUGACUUAGAUUUUAUGGGCGAUCUUAUGAUUUAUCUUAGAAAGCUUGCUUCUGGCAGUGGCAACUCUGGCAAUUGUUCACAGAAAAAUUCGAAAUAUUUGACUGUAUCUGAGCGCCUCCAGUGCUGCAUUAUUGCUUUUAGAGUGAUGAGGAGCAAUCUUGAUGCCUUGAAUGUUGAUUUACAUGAAUUCUUUGUUCAGCUUUACAAUAUUAUGCUUGAGUACAGCCCUGGAAGAGACCGGGGUGAAGUGUUAGCUGAAGCUCUGAAGCUGAUGUUGUGUGAGGAUAGACAGCAUGACAUGCAAAAGGCUGCUGGUUUUGUAAAACGCUUGGCCACAUUUUCGUUAUGCUUUGGAUCUGCUGAGUCCAUGGCUGCCUUGGUUACAUUAAAGCAUCUUCUUCAGAAGAAUAUCAAAUGCCGGAAUCUGUUAGAAAAUGAUGCUGGAGGUGGUUCUGUUUCAGGUAUCAUUGCGAAAUUUCAGCCAUAUGCCUCAGACCCCAAUUUAAGUGGUGCUCUUGCUUCAGUCCUUUGGGAACUCAAUCUACUAUCUAAGCACUAUCACCCAACAGUCUCCACAAUGGCUUCAAACAUUUCAAGUAUGAGCUCAGCUCAAAACCAAGUUCAUCUAUCUAUCGUCUCUCCUCAACAAGCUUUCAUGGACUUGUCACUUGAACGUGAAUCCUUCAAGCCACAUAAUGAGAGCAUGAAAUUGAAUAACAAGAGGAAAAAAGGAAGUGGGUCUUCCAAAUCAGCUUCUAUUGAGCCUAUUCCAGACGCUAGUUCAAUCGAUGAAGAUGAGGUUAGAAAGAAACUUUCAACACAUUUCAAUCUCCUUCGUGACAUUAAGGAGAACGAACGAUUGAGGAGUGAGUUAGAUCGCACAACAUUAUACCUACAGCUAUAUGAACAACAUAAGAAGCAAAAGAAAAAAGGGAAGGCAAAGACCAAGAGAAGUAAAGUAUUGACUGCUUAGUAAUUUUGUUGUCUUCCAAAAAUUUUGUGAUUUUCUUAUAAUGUAUAUUUUUCUAUUUUUUUUGGUUCCCAUUUUCUACAUCUCCUUUCCCUAGAUGCAAUUCUUUACAGUUUUCUUUAUAAAUUUAGCGGGGCAAAACUUAAUUCUACCGGUGGAUUAGCAAUCCUAAUUUUGUGUACCUAGCAUCCAAAGAACAAUGAAGUUAUUUUUGACGUUCCGACC